AUGGCCGCAGCUGCAGAAGAAGGACAGGUUAUCGGCUGCCACUCCGUUGAUCAGUGGAAGGAGAACUUCAAUAAGGGCAUCGAGACCAAGAAAUUGGUGGUGGUCGAUUUCACCGCUUCCUGGUGUGGGCCCUGCCGAGUUAUUUCCCCAAUUUUUGCUGAGAUUGCGAAGAAGACUCCACACGUUAUAUUCUUGAAGGUGGAUGUGGAUGAACUAAAGGAUGUUGCUCAAGAAUUUAACGUGGAGGCCAUGCCAACAUUCUUGUUCCUCAAGGAUGGGAAAGAAGUGGAUAGGGUUGUCGGUGCAAGGAAGGAAAAUUUGGUGGCUGCAAUCGACAAGCAUGCUGCUACUGUUACUGCUACUGCUUGA